GCGAGUGGUUACUCUGUGAAAGUUCAAGGGUCUCAAAUGCAAUUUACUCUAUUUUAAUGUAAGUCCGUUAUCGCUUUUCUUUUCAGCUCUUUCGCAGUCUUCACUUCACUCCCUUCACCUCCGAUGGCGUCAUCUCUCCUGGGCUUCAAUCCCAAUCCUUUCCUCAAACCCAUCCCUGCCAUCUCUCCGAGGCACACUGCCACCGUCACCGGCGCCAUCUCCGCCCCAACCCACCGCUGCUACGUUCAAGUGAGCUGCGGUCCACGGGACGGCCGCGGGCCCCUCGUCAAGGGCCGAACCCUCAGCAUCGAGGCAAUCCAAGCCGUCCAGUCCCUUAAACGAGCUAAGCGGUCUAACUCCGCCGAUGCCUCCUUCAUCGGCAAGACCCUCUCCCGCCUCAUUAAGUCCGACCUCGUCGCGGCCCUGCGGGAGCUCCUGCGGCAGGGGGAGUGCGCCCUCGCGCUCUUUGUACUCGCCGCGCUCCGGUCGGAAUACCCCGGCGGAACCGAGUACCUUUCCCUCUACGCCGACGUGGCCCACGCGCUCGCGAGGAGCGGCGAGGCGGAGGCGAUCGACGAGCUGGUGGCGGAGCUGGAGAGGGAUGGCGGUGCUGUGGACUGCCGGGAUAGAAAAGGACUGGGGAGGCUCUUGACGGCUGUGAUCGGAGCGGAGAGGAGGGAAUCCACGGUGAGGAUAUGCGGGAUGAUGAGGAGGAGCGGGUGGGAGUCCACGUGUACGGUGGACGAGCACGUUGUGAAGGUUUUGAUCCGAGGGCUGAGAAAAUUCGGGGAAGUGGGAUUAGUUGAGGAGAUUGAGAGGGAACUUGGGGGUGUUAUUGGGAAGAAAAUUGAGAAGAUGGAGGCUCACACAUCGUAACAUUUGAGGUUGAUAUAGUCCAUGGAUGCUUUGUGAUUUGUAGCUAUAGCUCGGGUUUUCCUAAUCGAGUCAAAUUUGAAAGUCGUGCCUACCUUUUUUCCCGAAGUGUAAACAUAAUAUAUGAAAGAUUUUCUACUAACUUAAAACGGUUUAAUAUUAUCAAUGAGGCUCAAAUUUAUGUUAUCGUGGAUUUUCAUACCUCCAUAUUCAUAUAUAUAUAUAUUCAUAAUGGUUGGAAUUGAAUAGUGUCCGUUUUUGAAGGGAGUGCCCCUCUAUGACCACUUACAUUAUUGAGAGUUUUUUUUAAUGAAAA